ACCUGCAUUACUUCCACUGCCUGAGGAUCGUGGAGAUCCUCAAGGGCACUGAGGCCUCCACCAAGAACCUCUUUGGACGCUACUCGUCCCAGCGCAUGAAGGUAAACAUGGACCUGGGGGCCCUCUUAGCACCCUCCCUUACCCCUCCUGCAGCUGAGCUUGCCAGCCUCCUGGUGCGCAGCAUCAGCUACGAGAUCCCCUCGCUGAGGAAGCAGAUCAGUCGGUGCCAGCAGGCCCAGCAGGACUUUCCCCGCCGCGAAGAGGAGUGUCAGCUGGGGGCUACCGAGCUGCGGGAACGAUUCUUUGCCUCCUGCAAGCAGUACGGCAUCACUGGUGACAACGUGCGCCAGGAGCUGCUGGCCUUGGUGAAGGACCUGCCGUCAGUGCUGUCCGAGAUGGGGGCGGGAGCCAGCGCUCUCUCCGAGGCCAUCGAGCUGUACCAGGCCUGUGUGGAGUUCGUGUGCGAGAGCUUGGCAGAGCUGGUGGUGCCCCUGCUGCGGCACGUGGGGAGGAGAGGCAACACGACUGUCUACGAGUGGAGAACGGGGCUCCAGCCCCUGCGAGUGGAGCGGCCGGAGGUGGAGGAGAUGCCGGAGCAGCCGAAGGAGGACACGAUUGACUGGGGAGACUUCACGCUGGAACCAACUAGGGUGGAUGACUGUGCCACUGCCAACGGAGGAGCCCAGGAUGAGGAGAUCAACUGGGGGAUCACACUCGAGCCCAGUCCCCAGGAUGAUGGCAUUGACUGGGGUGAUGGUGAAAGCAAGGAGGUACAGAUCACAGUGCUGGAGGCUGGCACCGAGGUGCCCGAGGGGGUUGCCUGCGGCUCUGAUGCCCUGACGCUCCUGGAAAACACCGAGACCCGGAGUCAGUUCAUUGAUGAGCUCAUGGAGGUGAGUACGAUGCAGGCGCCGGGGCUGGAGCUGGACUCCGUGGCGGUGAGCCAGUUCCGGCUGGCUCCCACUGUGCUGCAGGGCCAGACCAGCGCCCACGUGGGCUCCCUGCUGGCCACCACCCGGGCUCUGUUGGGCCAGCUGUGCACCCGCAGCAUGCAGCACCUCUUCAUGAUCCUCGCCUCUCCCAGGUACGUGGACCGGGUGAGCGAG